AUGACGGAUACAGUUGUCGCGGACGGACAAGUCAAGUUUAGAGAUGGAAAAAAGUGGAAGACUCGGUGCGUCGUUCUUCGGAAGCCCUCUCCGGUCGCAGACUGUCUGUCUCUGCUGGUGUAUAAGGAGAAGAAGAAAGGAAAGGAGAAGGCCCACAAGGAGAGGCUCCAUGUAACUCUGGAGGGGAUCUGCGGUGUGGAGCCAGGCCCCGGGUUUGACGGGGUGUCCUACACUCUCUCCAUCCUCUGCCUGGCACACACGCUGGUCCUGGGCUUCAACAGCCGUGACGCCCUGCUGGCCUGGGACGCCCGCAUCCGCUACAGCCUGGGAGAAGUUCACAGGUUCAGUGUCAAUGUGGAGCCAGGCACCAAACUGGAAAGUGGCCCCGCCUCCCUGCACCUGUGCAACAACCUAUUGGUCCUCACCAGAGGCGUCCCUCCUGUCGUCAUUGGCCACUGGAAGUUGUCGGCAUUGCGUCGUUAUGGUGCCGUGCCUAACGGCUUCGUGUUUGAGGGCGGGACUCGCUGCGGAUACUGGGCCGGUGUGUUCUUCUUGUCCUGUUCAGAAGGAGAGCAGAUCAGUUUCCUGUUUGACUGCAUUGUCAGGGGCAUCACCCCCAGCAGGACCCCUCAUGGCCUGAGACCUGCCCUGCCAGCAGAUCCCAACGCUGAUCCAGAGUCAGCAGAGAAGCGAAUCAGCCAGGAGGCGUCAGAGCUAGAGAAGAGACUCAGCAUGUUGUCACAAUGCAGCCUUGCGAGCAGCUCAGCUUCCACUUACAGCUGCAGCACAUCCGUUGCCGGGGACGACCAAAGCAGCAUCUCCAGCUCCUCCUCCAGCCAAUCAGAUGCCAGCUAUGGAAGCAGACUUCCAUUCUGGGUGGAGCCGUUAGCGAGGCCGCACCUCUCCAGCGAGACGGCGUCCAGUUCCUCCACGCUGAAGCCUCUGACCUCCUCAGACGACCGGCUCUAUGCCGCCGUGAUGGGAAGCUCCGGGACCCGUCCGUCCUCCGCCCAGCUCCACUCUCGUGGUCUCCAUGACAGCGGGCGGCAGAGCUCGCUGGACAGCGGGAUUGGGAUAGCAACAGGAAGUCAGUCGUCUUACUCAGGGAGCUUCUCCUCGUACACGGGGAGUCUGGACAUAGCGAGCCAGGGAGGAGACGGCGAGUUUGGCUCUGUGGCCAGCCUUCCUGCUCCUCCUCCUCCUUCCUCACCUCCUGCUCUCCCUCCACCCACUCCUCCUCCAUCUUCUCCCUUUCAGUCCCCAUUCACCCUCGAGCACAGCUCCGCUACCUCCUCCCCUUGUCCCUGUGCCUCCAGGUCCUGCUCCAGUGCGUCCCGGAGGCACAGUGAAGAGUAUCAAAUCCCGAGCCUGCUCCGACUGCGCUACGACACCCCCAGGAGUCUGCUCCAGAGCCCCGCCCUGAGGGGGCCCUCCGACCGAGAGAGCCCACCCGAGCCGGGCAGGGAGAGCAGGAGCAGUGGGGAUGGAGCAGCGAGGCUGAGCAGCCCCUCAGGACCCAGGGCUCAGCACCAGGCGGUGAUGCAGCGCUCGCUCUCCUGGGGCAGUGAGAGGGCGCCCUCUGUGGACAGUGAGGGGAGGUCCACACCCAGAGCCCUGCUGCUGCUGCCUGAAGGCCCGGGGUGUGGAGAAACACAGUGCAGUCAUGGUUUAGACAACUACAUUACACCAGAGCAGUGGCGGUCAGCGAAGAACAGAUGCUUCACUCAGGUUGCCAACUCCCCACCAGGCCUGUCACCUUCUGCAGAUACACAAGGUGCUCCUCUGUGUGUGAGAGAGGAAGAGGAUGAUGUUGGUCUGAAGAUGUCGAUGCUCUCUCUGCCACCCUCCUCCCCUCCACCUCCUCCUCCUCCUCCUCUUGCACUGAGCAUGUCCAGGCCAACAACAACCUGUGGUGUGUUCCAGUCAGAAGCUGCUCCGUCCCUGGACACUGGGCUCCACAGUGACAGCACCGUCAAUUAUGUUAACAUCCCCAUUAGCUCCCUGCCAGCAAGAACUCACAGAGAGCUCCUGUACACAGAGCUGGACCUGCAGGAGCCCGGCUCUGCUCCACUCUCCAGUCCGUACAGUGCUGUCAGAGAAGAGGGCUCCAUCAGGUACGCCUACCUCGACAUCACUGCCAUGGAAACGGCUCAGAGAGUGGGGGCGGAGCACGUCCAGGGCCGGGAGGACAGACUGACUCAGCUGGAGAGCCGGCUGCGAGGGCCACCACCACACUGACUCUGCAACCCCCGACUUGACACUUCAAAAUAGUUGUCAUUGCCGAUUCUCUCUGAAUAAGCUCGAGUGCUUAAUUACAGUUGAUCGAACCAAUCGAUGCUGUCCUUAAAACACACCCACAGUUGUGCCAGUGUACAGAAAUUCCACCAAACAAUCCAUUCCACUAAAAAAUAAGAAGAAAAUAGGAAAU